UGUUGCCCCGUUGGAGAAGUCCCGUGGAAGCCUAUCCAUAUCGUUGCUUUGUCUUCUGGACGUAACCCUAGUUUUUUUAGAGUCUUGGUCGGUGCAGCGUUGAGAGGUUGGACGGAGGGAGGUCACGGGGUAUGGGGCCGGUGCUUGUCUAGGAAGGUUACUCUUGGAGUUAUUGACGGAGUUAGGGUUUGUGUCUGCGUUGCUUGGAUGGUUGUGUGAGCGACUUUUUUAUAAUACUAAGCGUCGCGUUUGUCGGAGUUGCGUUAUUUGGAUUUCGCAGACAUGGCGUCUGGGAUGUUGCUGAAUCGGUUGCCGGCGCCCAAGAACGCACCGGCGCCCUCUUACGAUGCAGAGUCCGAUCCGUGGUUUAAGACGCAUUUGGAAGUGGAGAAGCCGCAGGCCGUGGCGCAUUUCACACCACCGCCGUAUGGCCGGAGAGGGGGUUUCAUGCCGCGAAGGAAAGAACAUUUUGGAGAUGGAGGAGCGUUUCCUGAGAUUCAUGUGGCGCAGUAUCCGUUGGAUAUGGGUAAGGAAACUGAGAAAGCUGAUAGUAAGAUCAUUCCCGUUAGUGUUGAUGCUGAGGGGAGUAUUGCCUUCGAUGCCGUCGUCAAGCAGGCCGAAAAUGCAAGGAAGACUGUGUUUUCGCAGCAUCGCGACCUUGUACCAAAGGUACCCACCGAGGUGGACACAGAGAAGCCUUCAGAAGAGGAAGCUGAGGCAACCACAGAGAGGACGAAGGCAGCCUUAGAGAAGAUCAUUGAAGGAAGAUUGAGUGCUGCGCAGCCAAAGAGUGUGCCAUCUCAGUCUUCAGCCCCUUCGUUUAUAAAGUACACUCCCUCUCAGCAAUCUGCGGCGUACAAUUCCGGUGCCAAUCAGCGCGUGAUCCGAAUGGUGGAGAUGCCCAAGGACCCUCUGGAACCCCCGAAGUUUAAGCACAAGAGAGUUCCAAAGGCAUCUGGUUCGCCUCCUGUUCCUGUCAUGCAUUCACCCCCUCGACCAGUCACUGUCAAGGAUCAACAAGAUUGGAAAAUUCCUCCCUGCAUAUCAAAUUGGAAGAACCCUAAGGGUUACACCAUUCCUUUAGACAAACGGCUGGCUGCCGAUGGAAGAGGACUUCAGGAGGUGCAAAUUAAUGACAACUUUGCCAAGCUUUCAGAGGCGUUGUAUGUUGCAGAGCAGAAGGCUCGAGAGGCUGUGGAAGCACGAUCCAAAAUUCAACGAGAGAUUAUGAUGAAAGAAAAAGAGAAGAAGGAGAAUGAGCUUCGUAUUUUGGCGCAGAGGGCUAGGAUGGAAAGGGCUGGAGUUGGUGCACCUCCUGCGGCUACUGGUGCUAACGCUACUGCUGUAGCAGAUAGAGGAGGUGCAGCAGCAUACGAAAGGAGGGCUGAUGAUGCAGGUGUAAGCAGGGAAGAAAUGGUAAAGGAGACUAAAGAAGAGAGACAAGAGCGGUUGGAACGUGAAGCGCUUCGUGGGGAUCGUCGCAGGGAAAGAGAGAGAGAAAGAAGACUGGAAGCCAAAGAAGGGCCUGUUGGUAAGAAGAGCAAGAUUACAAGAGACAGGGACAGAGACAUUAGUGAGAAGAUGGCUUUGGGAAUGGCCAACACAGGUGCCGGUGGUGGAGAACUCACUUACGACCAGCGUCUGUUCAACCAGGAGAAAGGCAUGGAAUCAGGGUUUGCAGCUGAUGAUACCUACAAUGUGUACGACAAAGGAUUGUUCACCUCCCAAUCUGGGCUUAGUGGGCUCUAUCGUCCUCGGAAAGAUACUGAUGCCGAAGUUUAUGGAGGUGAUGCCAAUGAGCAGUUGGACAAGGUUCUUAGCACGGAUAGAUUUAGACCUGGCAAGGGCUUUGCUGGUGCAACUGAGCGAUCUAGACCCCAGGAUCGUCCUGUAGAAUUUGAGAAAGAUGAAGUUGGAGAAGAUCCAUUUGGGCUUGACAUGUUUCUUACAGAGGUUAAGAAAGGAAAGAAAGCUAUGGACAGGGUGGGAGAAGGGGGAACCAUGCGUGCAAGUGCAGGAUCUGGUACUAAGGAUAGCUAUGCUGGUGGCUCUAGGAACCGAGUGGAUUUUGAACGUGAAGGUGGUGGUCGUCGAUGAUUGUAUCUAUCAGAGUCAUACUUCUCUAUACCUUUGACGGUGGACGUGACUAUUUCCAUCUUAGCACUCUGCUGCGUUGAGGUUACAGUUAGGUUACAGUUCACGAAACAUAGAAUAUUUUUAAGUGAUUGAAGGGUGCAUAGAAAAAGGAGUGUAGUGGAUGAAGAGGAGGAUGGGUGUACAAUUUUUUGUUUAGAGCCACGGCAGAGUUUGUAGAUCCUGUGACUCUGACCUAGGUUUUGUUAUGUUCUGUGACUCUGGCCUAUGUUUUGUUAUGAAUCUUUUUCAAACUUAUUUGCAUUUUUAUUGCAACUGUUGCGUUUUA